AUGGCCGGCGAGGCCGCCGCCGCCGCCGUGUGGCUCCUCCUGGCCGCGGCGGCGCUCUCCCUUCCGGCGGCCGCGGCGGCCGGGCCGGAGGCCGCCACGCUGCUGGCGUUCCGGGAGGCGCUGCGGGGCCCGCACGGCGCGCCGCCGGCGCCGCUCAGCCAGUGGGUGACCACCGCCGGCCCGUGCGCCGGCGCCGGGCUGUCGCUGUGGUACGGCGUGACGUGCCACCCCCAGACGGGGCGGGUGCGCGGCCUCCGCCUCGAGUACCUCGGCCUGCAGGGCGCCGCGCCGGACCUGUCCGCGCUCGCCGCGCUGCCCGGGCUGCGCGCGCUCAGCCUCGCCAACAACAACCUCACCGGCGCCUUCCCCGACGUGUCCAUGCUCCCGGCGCUCAAGAUGCUGUACCUGUCGCGGAACAAGCUCGCCGGCGGCGUCCCGCCCGCCGCGUUCGCCCACAUGAGGGGGCUCCGCAAGCUCUUCCUCUCCGACAAUGCCUUCACCGGCCCGAUCCCGAGCUCCAUCACGUCGCCCAGGCUGCUCGUGCUGCAGCUCUCCAAGAACCGGUUCGACGGCGCCCUGCCGGACUUCGUGCAGCCGAACCUGCACCUCGUCGACUUCUCCGACAACAACCUCUCCGGGCCAAUCCCGGCAGGCCUCCGGCGCUUCGACGCCAAAGCAUUCCAAGGGAACAAAAAUCUCUGUGGGCCGCCGCUCGGCGCGCCGUGCCCGAACGAACCAAUCCUGGCGUCGUCGCCUUCGCGGUCGCUGCCGCCGUCGUCGUCGUCGCCACGCAGCUUGAAGAUCCUCAUGAUCAUCGCCAUCGUGGUGGUCGUGGUCGGCGCUCUCCUGGCGCUCGCGGGCUUGUUCACGGCUGCCCUCGCCCGCCGGAGCGCGGCCCGCGACGCCGCCACCGCCGAGUCCAUGGGCGGCGGCGGCGGCGCCGCCAGGAUGAAGUCCACGCCCCACCCGGCCGUCACCGUCGUGCACCAGAGCGGCGGCGGGGAGGAGCAGCAGCACGCCGCCGCGGCGGCGGCCGUGCCGGCGGCGAAGCGCGGCGGACGGCGCGACGAUCACGGGAGGCUGGUGUUCAUCCAGGAGGGGAGGACGAGGUUCGAGCUGGAGGACCUGCUCCGGGCGUCGGCGGAGGUGCUGGGGAGCGGCAACUUCGGCGCGUCGUACAAGGCGACGCCGCUGGAAGGCCAGGCCAUGGUGGUGAAGCGGUUCAAGGAGAUGAACGGCGUCGGGAGGGCGGACUUCAACGAGCACAUGCGGCGGCUCGGCCGCCUCGCCCACCCCAACCUCCUCCCCGUCGUCGCCUACCUCUACAAGAAGGACGAGAAGCUGCUCGUCACCGACUACAUGGUCAACGGCAGCUUGGCUCACCUGCUCCAUGGCGGGAGCAGUUCGGGCUUGCCGGCGCUAGACUGGCCGAGGCGGCUCAAGAUCAUCAAGGGCGUGGCGCGUGGGCUGGCUCACCUGUACGACGAGCUCCCGAUGCUCACCGUGCCGCACGGCCACCUCAAGUCCUCCAACGUCCUCCUCGACGCCGGCUUCGAGCCCAUCCUCAGCGACUACGCCCUCGUCCCCGUCAUCACGCCGCACCACGCCGCGCAGGUGAUGGUGGCGUACAAGUCGCCGGAGUGCGGGCAGACGGGGCGGCCGAGCAAGAAGAGCGACGUGUGGAGCCUGGGGAUCCUGAUACUGGAGGUGCUCACCGGCAAGUUCCCGGCGAACUACCUCCGGCAGGGGCGGGCGGGGACGGACCUGGCCGAGUGGGUGCACUCGGUGGUGAGGGAGGAGUGGACCGGCGAGGUGUUCGACAAGGAGAUGCGCGCCGCGCGCAGCGGCGAGGGCGAGAUGGUGAAGCUGCUCAAGGUCGGCCUCGGCUGCUGCGAGGGCGACGUCGACCGGCGGUGGGACCUCCGCGAGGCCCUCGCCCGCAUCGAGGAGCUCCGGGAGCGCGACGCCGGCGCCGCCGCCGACGACAGCAGCGCCGCCUCGUCGUCCUUCGUCAGCGAAGAACGGCCGGCGCCGGCGACGUCACGGCCCGCCGGCGUCGAGCCGUCGUCGCACUCCCACUCCUCGUAGAACGCAGCAGAGCGUCGGUGCACGUGUGCGUACAUUUUUUUCACGACAUCUUUGGGUGCAUCUGAGCCGUACGAUUCGAGCGGGACGGUGGAGAUCGUCUGGGCCUGUGAAACGUGUGAGAAACAUUUCAGCGCGUGUAAAUUAAUUUGCUAGAUUUUAUAAAAAGAAAGGGAAAAUGGGUUCGUGUAAGAAAAAGACCAUUUUUCCCCCUUUUGCAUACAUAUAUUUUUACGGGUGAUGCACGAAUAUUAAUUCUUGUUAGAGAGAGAGAGAGAGAGGUGUAGUGACACGUAGGCAGGGAGUUACAUAUAUCAAGAUAAGAAUAAGAUUCAAUAUAUAUAUUGGGGUAGUGAAACUGUGGAAAUAUAUUUCAUUGUACUUUUAGAAUAAAAACAUUUGUACACUUUCAGGGGGUGAUUAUUCAGGUUUUCAA